AUGCUGGCGCUAGGACGGCGUCGUACUGUGUCCCUUCUUCUACAGCCUCGUCGAUGGUGUCCUCUCUCGUCUAAAGCAGGCCAAUCCAUGUCGAACCCGCUUGAAAUUGAUCUGAGUCCACUUCAGACGCCCGUGUCGACCACUGAAAAGCUCACGUUAAGUGAUGCAAUAAAUGCAUGGGCAUUACAAGAAAAAGACGCUGAAAAUGACAUUGAUCGAUUGCAUUAUGAAAUGUCCGAGCUUUUUGGAGAACAAGUGGCCGAGUACGAGGGAGAGAGAUCAUUUUCAAUUGCAGAAAAGGAUGUGACUGUAUUGGUAAAGACAACUUGGACAGAAAAAGAUGGGACAGAGUUGUAUAGAGAAGAUGGUGUUAAUGCUGGAGAGAUGGUUAAUACUGAGCAGAGUGAGGAAUCUCUACUACUGGAUACGACGACGACAACAGUUCGUACGGACGCAAAGUUUAAGAAGAAGCAAAACUUUAGUGGGGAGAAUAGAACGGAUACAGAGAACGCAAGUGAUACUUCAUUGGUGAACGUGUUACUGCUGCAAGGUCCGUGCAGUUUUGUGCGAGGUGUUUGGACGGGUGGUGACGUUGGAAGAAAGGAACUGUGGCAACAAAUUCAAGCGCUUGCUGAUGAUUUGAAAGUUGUUAUAAAGGGCCACAACUACGACUCGGAAAAAAUGGUCUUGGAAAAGAUACUUGAUGCCCGUGAAGAUCAAGUGAUCGUGCUGUGCUGGAACAUUAGUCUAAGCAAGUCGCCGUUCAUUGUUCAUGCACUCGAACUCAUCCAGUCCAGCGCUAUCAUCGUGAGUCCCAGUAAUGUAGAGCAUGGACCUUUACCGGCGAAUGUAGUUGGUGUGCUAUCAGGCUUUAGGAAUCAGUCUUUGUCGCUAGCAUUGAACGCCGCUGCAAAUCUUUGUGGGCCCAAUGCUAACAAAGACCAAAAGUUUUGCAAAACGUCCGACAUUAAGAGUGUGCAGGGCUCUCUUCGUAACGCUAGCGUGAAAAAAGCUAAUGCGUCUAGCGCAAAAGCGAAGAAAAGUAUCCUCACCUGCUAUUUGUGUGGGAAUAAGGGCCAUAUUCGAAGUGAAUGCCCAGACCUACCAAGAAACAAGACGUAG